AUGGGUCUAUCAACAGACAAUAAGUCCAACGAGACACCUGAACAAUCCGAAGUCACCGGCAAAUCACCCAGUGAACAACCUCCUUUGUAUUCGGCUGAGCAAGCCGAGCAACCUCCUCUACAACUACCCCGACUAAACCUUACCCCUACAAGUUCCUCAACAUUUAUCACCCGCGACCAGUGUCUUGCGCAUCUCAAAUUUUUGGCUGUGCUCGCAGAUCUGCGGGAUACCAUCUCUAGUGAUGAUGGGCUCUUUGGGAUCCAGGAUGCCGAAGCUGAUAGAUUCCCGGAUUCACUAAACGAAGCACGGGCUCGUAUUCGCGAGAAACGUUGGGCCGUUUAUACGGCACGUGCGGUCGAGAGAUAUACUAAGUGGUGGUCUGUCGGUCUCCCCCGAUCAAGACCAAUGGCGACUAUCAACGACCUAGAGUACUUUGGUUAUGAGAACAUCCUCGAUUGUGAGACUCGAGUUGCAUGGAGCACGGAAAACCUGCCCCCGCUAGACAUUUUGAUGGUCUGGCAUGCCCAUUCAUUGAAUCCCAGAAGCUUCCUUGAAGACUGCAUUCGAUAUGGCAAGCUGAGCACCUGGCAAACAGGGUUCCCAUGGGCCAUCAUCGACCGCUGCAUCGAUAACCGCACGUUAGAGUAUAGAGUCUCCGAACAAGCCCGGCGGCUAUUCGAGGAGAAAUUGAACUUCAAGUGGAACAACCUUGAUGGCCCACCGACCAAGGAAGUCCACUGCCCGUGCUGCAACAACGUGAAUGCGGUGCCGUGGACAGAAGCUCAUUUUGGAGCAACCAUUGGAAACGCUUUCAGAUUUGGCAACGGCUACGCCGAUAAUUCCUUUGAGGUAAAAUGCGUUCGCUGUGAACACACCAUCGACCAUGGCCGGCUGAAGGUGGCCAAAUUCCGAAAAGAUCUCGCAGCAACUCUAUACGGAAACCUUCCCAUGCCCGGGACCUUGACCAAUCUGCAAGGAAUCCCCGAGGGCCCAAGUGUCAAGAUCAAUCACCGGGCCCUCCAAUUCAAUAUGUUCCCCACACGCAUCGUCCAGGCCGCCGGCGAGAACUUGAUGCAACACACCGACGGCCGAGUGGACUGGUGUCAAAACAUCACCCAGCUCAAGCAGCAACUCGAAGUCAAGCUCCGCGAUAGAAAAGUCCUGACGCACGCACGUGGUAUCUACGUGAGUAGGACCAAGCCCGCCGAGAGAAUCCACUUCCGACGAAUGAUGUCUCGAUACUGGGACAAUCUGGAUCCCUUCGCAUUAGACCUCGUGGGCGCUGUGAUCCGCCAAGGCACCUUCAUAGACAAAAUGGACCAAAUCGACUGGCUGCACUCACCAACAGUCUUCGACACCAUGAACCGACUCAUCAAAAAGUACGAAGUCUUCUUCCGAAUCAUGAUGGAAAACCCAAGAGACAUGGCCGUGCCCACCCUAGACGUCGACCUUGCCUGGCACACACACCAACUCAGCCCCUCCCAAUACUACACAUACAGCACGUCUCAACCAGCAGCCAACGGCAUCCGCAUCUUCAUCGACCACGACGACAAAGUCGACGAAGGAAAACUCUCCGACGGCUUCGCCUGGACUAGCAAAAUGUACCGCCGUGCCACCAACGGCGGCAUAUACAGCGAAUGCACUUGCUGGUACUGCGAAGCAACACGAACACCCGACCUGUAUGACCGACUCAUCACCGUUGGCUCAGCCUCUCGCGCCCGCGAGGCUGCAGACCUCUUGCACGAUCGCCCCGAUAUCUCGUCCGACCCUAACAAGAACCCGCAUAUCUCUUCCCACAACGCCGUCCGACCAACGAACCUGUACGACCCGAAUGACCGAUCCAGUUCUCUGCAGUUUUUGCGUCUUCAGAGCAACUACCAGAAAGCUGCUCGACGUGCGGAGAAACGUGGUCGGCAACGCUCUGGCUCGAGAUCUUCGGGCUCGGAUGUUACUCCUUACUAUAUGCCGUAUGCGUUUGGUUUCCCCAUCGUGGUGCCGUAUUAUGCGCCCUAUAUGGCGGAUCCUUCGGUGAACUCGGAUGUGUACGCAUGUAACCCUGGCUGCAUGAAUACGACUGCAGGGGCAGUUGGGAAUUGUUGUGCCGGCACGUGUGGCGGCGGCGGCGGUUGUGGAGGAGGGGGUGGUGGUGACGGAGGGGGAGGUGGUGGUGGAGGGGGCUGCGGUGGCGGCGGCGGUGGUUGUUAG